AUGACUAUCUCAUCUACUAAACAACAGGAAAAGAAAGAUAAAGCUAAAGUUAAUUCACUAGAACUCUUCAAGAGUGAGCAAGAAAAAUUACAAGCUUUCUUGAGACAAUUAUGCAUUUACAUGAAUAUAAAAGGCAAAGAACUUAACAGCAACAAGAACAAGAUAAUAAUAACAGUAUUAUAUCUUUAUAGAGCAGUAUUUGAUUGGUUUGAUAUCUAUCUGCAAAAUUACUACAAGAAAGAUGAAGAUAAUCAGAAUAAUAAUAUGCUUAAGAUUAUUAACAGUUAUAGCAUCUUUAUUUAA